AUGAAAAAGUAUGGGGAUAUCGCGCCUCUAAUCAAGGCGCGAGAAAGGACGAAAAGAAGAGCGGAACUUGAGCAAACAGAAAGACUUUCUGAAUAUCUAUACAGAUGCUGUAGAGUUUUGAAAGAGUUAGUUGACUGUUUCCCAAAUGGUUGA